UCACCCGGACAGCGCUCCUCCAGUCUGCUGCUACAGUCUGCAGGCACAGAGGCCUCCUCGCGUGAGUAUUUUAGUCCUCGCGUGUUCUAGAGUGGGGCUGGAUGUUCGAGCACCUGGGCGACUCUGGAGGGAACCCCUAAAGUGUCAGGAGGCUACCGGACGCCAUUCCCGACAGUGUAUCUUCCACAGGUUCCUCAAUCCAUUUUGACCAACCCGAGUCUCUGCUUCCUCUGCAGCAUCUGCAAGAACCAUGGCAACAAAUACUGAUGCUGCUUUUGAGACCCUCAUGAAUGGAGUGACCAGCUGGGAUCUUCCCAAAGAACCCAUUCCUAGUGAACUCCUCCUUAUUGGGGAGGCUGCCUUCCCAGUGAUGGUGAAUGACAAGGGCCAGGUGCUCAUUGCUGCCUCUUCCUAUGGCCAAGGCCGCCUGGUUGUCGUAUCCCAUGAGGGCUACCUGCUGCAUGCUGGCUUGGCCCCAUUUCUUGUCAAUGCAGUGAACUGGCUCUGCCCCUCGCCAGGGGCUCCCAUCACAGUGCAUUCCUCCUUGGCAUCACUAGAAAACAUCCUAGGUGACUCUGGUCUAGAGGUGCUGGUUCAGUCUGAGCCUGCAGAGGCUCUGGGUAUUUACUGCACUGAUGCCUACAAUGACAGUUUGACUGAGAAGCUGGUCCAGUUUGUGAAGUGUGGUGGGGGCUUGCUCAUUGGGGGCCAAGCCUGGUAUUGGGCCAGUCAACAUGGCCAUGACAAAGUGCUGUCCAGUUUCCCCGGGAACCAGGUGACAAGUGUGGCUGGAGUGUACUUCACAGAUGUCUAUGGAGAUAUAGACAGAUUCAAGGUCUCUAAGAAGGUACCCAAGAUCCCACUCCACGUCAGGUGUUGGGAGGAGAUUGAGCGUGACCAGGAGCAGCUUCUGGAUGGCAUCUCUGAGUUGGACAUCAAGACUGGAGGUGUCCCUUCACAGCUGUUGGUGCAUGGGUCCCUGGCCUUCCCUCUGGGGCUCAAUUCCUCCCUUGGCUGCUUCCUAGCAGCUGCCCACUAUGGCCGUGGUCGUGUGGUAUUGGCUGCCCACGAGGCCAUGCUCUCAGCUCCUAAGAUGGAGCCCUUUUUGUUCAAUGCUGUACAUUGGUUGGCUAGAGACCAGAAGGACAAAAUUGGGGUGAACAAAAGUCUAAAGAAUCUGCAUUCCUUAUUGUCGGAUCAUGGCUUGAAUUGCAGUCUGGAGUCCCAUUUGACCAAUGACAUGUGUGUCUACUGCUGUGGGGCUUAUAGUGACCAGGAUGCCAAGAAAAUACAGGAAUUUGUUGCUGAGGGUGGGGGGUUGCUCAUUGGUGGUCAGUCCUGGUGGUGGGCUUCGCAAAACACAGGCAGUUCUGCUUUGGCUGGUUUCCCUGGAAAUGUCAUCCUCAACACAUUUGGCCUCAGCAUCCUGCCUCGUACCCUCAGCCCAGGCUCUUUCCCUGUUCUUCCUACAGAGAUAAGGAACUACCACUUUCGAAGGGCUCUCUCUCAGUUCCAGGCUGUGUUGAACCAAGAGGGUGGGGACUUGGAAAAAAAGUGUUUGGCAAGGUUGGGAGUAGAUGCCGCAGGCUUCCUCCAGAUUCCUGCACAGGGUGUUCCUGCUUAUACAUCUCUGCACCGGCUCCUGAGGAAGAUGCUUAGAAAGGCAGGCCUUCCAGCUGUGAGCAAGAAAAAUCCAGUUUCCAGUCACUCCUGUGAGGCUGCAAUGCUCCAUCUGGCCACAGAGCUGGCACAUUCUGGGACUGAUUGUUCCCAGCUAGCCCCGGGCCAUGGCUCUCAGACCAGCUCCUCGAAUCUCUGCCCCUCAGAGCACCCCAUCACUGUGGAGAUCAAUGGAAGCAACCCAGGUACAGAGUGGGCAGAGAAUGCUGGCAGUAUUCUUGGCCUGGGAGAAGAAUCUGGGAAGGUGUCAAUUGCUGAAGAAAAGUCAAACAGCACAGAUAUUCUGGAAUCAGUGGAUAUGAGCAAAAUUGUGGAGGAAAAGCUCAACAGUAGAAGGAGAAAGUGGAGGCAAACUGUGCUUUCAUGCCCCAUCUUUGUCUUUGCAUCCUCAGGCUGGAUGCAUUCAGGGUACCCCAUCAUGUGCCAUCUGGAGUCUGUGCAGGAGCUCGUCAGUUUGGAAGACAUGAGAAGUAAGGGCCUGUGGGGACCCAUCCAUGAGUUGGGUCACAAUCAGCAGCGCCAUGGCUGGGAGUUCCCUCCCCACACCACCGAGGCCACCUGCAAUCUCUGGUCAGUCUAUGUGCAUGAGACAGUCCUGGGGAUUCUCAGGGCUCAAGCCCACCCUGCAUUGAAACCUAAAGAACGAGAGAUGAGGAUCAGAGACCAUCUUCAGAAGGGAGUACCCCUGUCUAACUGGAAUGUCUGGACAGCGCUGGAGACAUAUCUGCAGCUCCAGGAGACCUUUGGGUGGGAGCCAUUCAUCCAGCUCUUUGCUGAAUACCAAACCCUCUCUGGCCUCCCCAAUGACAAUGAGAGCAAGAUGAACUUAUGGGUGAAGAAGUUCUCUGAAACCGUGCAGAAAAACCUGGUCCCCUUCUUUGAAGCCUGAGGCUGGCCUGUCCAGAAGGAAUUGUCUGAGAGCCUGGCCCACCUGCCUUCCUGGCAGGAUCACCCCAUGAAGGUGUACAUGAGUGUGGAGAAGUAAGGGAUGUGGAGCAGGAGGGGCAGCGGUGCAGUGGGAUGAGAAAGGACCACACUGCCAGCUUCACCACUGUGUUCUGGCUUGAGACUCUCACUGCCUUAACUAUUUUUCUCAACCAUUUUUCUUUACAAUGUAUUUUGGGUUGUUUUCAAUAUAAUUCCAGUCUCUCUUUAGAGUCCAGAGCUCCUGUGAAAUGAACUUAGAGAAUGUCCCUUCUGACAUCCCAUCAGCACAUCCUCAACUCAGGGACCAUAUUUUUAGAUAUUGACAUUCCUUAGAUAGUUGACAGUUGUUUUGCACAUGAAAGGCAUUAAGGAAUUCUUGCUACAUGAAAGAACACCAAGGUUUACUGACAUAGAAGUCCAAUUUCCUAGAAACUGUGCACAGUGUUUUCUCAGUUACAUGGAUAAUAAUUCCAGCAGAUUUCCAAGGCCGAUACAACUAACAUCACCUCACCAUAUAGGAGAAAAUGACAUGGAUAUUAAACAAGUUCUGGAAUCAAAACUGAGAAGAGAAAGAUUCAUGGUUUGACAGAUGUCCAUAACAAUGAUAAACUGUAGAGUGUAUUCUCAACUGAUUUGUAAUUUUAACAAAAAUUUUCCCAAAAGAGAGAUGAAAGUUUAAUGAUCUCUAAUUUUUUCCUAUGUUCUUUGUUGCAUUUUGACUAAAUAUCAGAUUGAAUCUCUCAAUAGUUUUAGUAUCUAAUAUUUUUAACCUCAGCAUAGGCUCAUCUGGCUUAGGGGGACGAGUCUUCAGAAGAAAUUUGAACCAAGGUGUUUCAGUUCCCUAACUUAUGGUAUUCUUAAGUUAUGAUUUGAGGAAGGGUCGAGUCGAGGGAUAAUGCUGGAAUUAGUAGGUUACCUAGGAGACAAAACCAAAACCUAAGCUUGCACACACCAACUGUUUGUAGGACUUUGAGCCCUGCGGUGGUGUUUUCUCACUUGUGCUGCCGGAUGCUGCCUUAACCUCUCGUUUUAACGCUCGUGAUUUUGAGUCUGUGGCUACAACAUCCACAGAUUAAUCUUGGAUGCAUAAAACCCAUUCUCCGCUCACAGUAUUAUUGUUCUAAGGUUAGAAACCUUAUUAGAAGAAAAUGUUGAAGAAUAGUAAGCUCUAUGACAAAGUCCCAGUGUGAGUGUGUGGGGAGUCAUGAAGUCCCACCUCCAACUGAAGAGCUGUGGCAAUCUAUGGCUGCUGGGAGAGGAGUCAGCUUUCUUCAGAGCUGUAGCCCCCAAGAGGUUACCUACGACUUACACCACUCACAUACAGGCAGCUCUGAGUGGACUUGGUGCAUUUAAUCAAUGAGAAUAUGAAUGUGGGGGGAAUAGAUAUCUGGGGAUGGGGCAUGUGGAAAAGAAAUGUGGAGUGGUUUUGAUCAAAGCAUCUUAUGGGCGGGUAUGGAAUUCUCAAACAAUAAAAAAGAACAACAAGCUAGAUGCACCCAGCUUUUAUAGAUGGGAGUUUGUUCUUGUGAUUUGUCUUAAACUAGACACUUUGGUUUGGUCACCUCUUGUACAGGGCAUUGGUUUCUUGGAUUGGGUCUCUCUCAUGAGCCACCUUCUUUCUUGGAGUCAAAGUCCCAUCAGUUCUCCUGUGUGUGCAAUAGAAAGAGUCAAGCUGGUUUGGAAGGGAUUGAUUUACUUGUAGAAGGAAGCACGCGAUCCCAGCUUGACCCAUCUGAUUCAUAUCGUCUAACCUCAACUAGUUCAAGUACUGGAAGGUGGUCCAGAUUAAGUUGAUGAAGGGCAAGUCACAGAUUUUAAUGCAUAGAUUGGAAAGCAGACAUUGCCUUAGGUACUGGGGGGAAAAAACUUAAUUGCACAAAGUUUUAAUCAUUGUAGUUAGACCAAGAGAUGGUUGAGGGUGAUUGUUCUUUUUGUUUGUUUGUUUGUUUAGAAAGUUUAUAACAAGCUUGUAUUAUGAUUUAGGAAUUUCAUAAUGUAAGCAUAUUACUCAUAGCAUUAGAAAUAAAUUUUAAUGAUUCAUUUA